AUGUCUAUUUUGGAGGACACUGGAAUGCUUGCUUGUAAGCCAUCUGCAGUCCCUAUGGCAGCUGAUCUAAAAUUGAAUGCAGAAUCAGGCUCACAACUUCCAGAUCUAGAAGCUUAUAGAAGACUAAUUGGAAAACUUCUCUACCUAACCAUCUCAAGGCUUGAUAUUUGUUACACUGUUCACAAACUAAGCCAGUUUGUAUCUGAUCCUCGCUCAGGACACAUGAAUGCUGCCAACAUCCUGCUAAGAUACCUUAAGCACACAACUGGACAAGGGGUCCUCUUUAAGACCAAAUCAGACACAUCACUCCAUGCUUAUGUAGAUGCAGAUUGGGGUUCAUGUUUUGACAGGGGAAAGUCGACAACUGGAUAUUGUAUUUUCUUUGGAAAUUCAUUGAUUUCCUGGAAGGCAAAGAAACAGAAGACAGUUAGUAAAUCUUCCGCAGAAGCAGAAUAUCGAGCUUUAUCAUUUGUGUCAAGUGAGCUUACUUGGCUGUGA